CCACCGCCGGGGAUUGGCGAUGGCGGGUACUUAAGGCCUCUGCUAUUGGUCGGUGUGCGCUGUCCAUCGCGCUGGGUGGGUGGGACUAUCGUGAGGAGGUGGUUGGAGCGUCCGGGCGGCGGCUCAGCCGGCAGUGGAGGUGGCCGAGAGAGCCCGCAAGAUGGCUGCCAUACGGAAGAAACUGGUUAUCGUGGGAGAUGGCGCCUGUGGCAAGACCUGCCUCCUCAUCGUCUUCAGCAAGGAUCAGUUCCCAGAGGUCUACGUCCCCACCGUCUUCGAGAACUACGUGGCUGACAUCGAGGUGGACAGCAAACAGGUGGAGCUUGCGCUGUGGGACACGGCUGGCCAGGAGGACUACGACCGCCUGAGACCCCUGUCCUACCCUGACACGGACGUCAUCCUCAUGUGCUUCUCCAUCGACAGCCCUGACAGCUUGGAAAACAUCCCGGAGAAGUGGACCCCGGAGGUGAAGCAUUUCUGUCCCAAUGUGCCCAUCAUCCUGGUGGGCAACAAGAAGGACCUGCGCAAUGACGAGCACACGCGCCGGGAGCUGGCCAAGAUGAAGCAGGAGCCGGUGAAGCCGGAGGAGGGCCGGGACAUGGCCAACCGGAUCAGCGCCUUCGGGUACCUCGAGUGCUCGGCCAAGACAAAGGACGGGGUGCGCGAGGUCUUUGAGAUGGCCACACGGGCUGCCCUGCAGGCCAAGCGUGGGCGCAAGAAGACCUCCUGCCAGCUGCUGUAACUCCCCCUGCUCCCACCAGGCCCUCCCUCUGACCCCUCCCACUUGGGGGGGCGGGGGCUCAGGGCCCCUCAUCACAGCCCCAUGGCUCCUUGGGCAGAGCUGCCCAUCUCCUCUGGCUGCUGGAGCCUCCCACAGCUGUUUGGGGGGGUUCGUGGCACAGCCCCCUCAAUCCCACCCCUGGGCGGGCCCCCAGCCUCUCUCCUGGAAUGGUUUGGGAGGGGGGGCUACCCCAUGGCAGCUCCACUGCCUCCUGGCAGCUCUGCCCCAGCUCUUCCAGUCCCCCACUCAAUUGGAGCCUGAAAUCACAGGGCUGCCCUGCCCCUUGUGACCCGCAGCCCCUUGCUAGGGGGCUCAGUGCUGCAGGUGUCAGCCCUCUACUGUGCCUCCCAUUGGCCAUGGGAGGGCUGGAUCACAGCAUGGUGCCCCUUGCUGGGCUCUGCCCCCAGGGUGGGGGAGUGGGCGCUGCCCCCUGCUGUACAGAUUUCUUCCUCCUAUUUAUCUCUUGCCAAGCGGGGGGGGCCCCCCAGAGAACUCUAUAUUUUUAUGCAGAGGCGCUGCGGGCCGCUUUGCCCGUGGAGGGCACCUGGCUCCCCCACCUCCCUCGCAAGUGCCACACGGGGGGUGCUGCGGGCGCCCGUCCGCUCUGUACUCCCGGGGACGUUGGUUAUUUUCAACUGUACUUGAAAGACAGACAGCUCUGUAAUAAAUUUGUAGCAAUGUUUAGUA